UGUCACGUGAUUCGGCAUGGAGGCGGUGGCGGCGGCCGGGAGGAGCCGCCGGGGCAGAAGCCGCACUUGUUAGUGUUGGGGGAGGAAGGGGCCGGGGGACUCCGACACCGUCAGCCAGGGACGCCGAGGAGAAGGCGGGAGGGGGGUGGGGGCGAGAGCGGGCUCCGACCCCCGGCCGAGGGGAUGAGGGGAGCAUGGGCGCCAAGGAGUCACGGAUCGGAUUCCUCAGCUACGAGGAGGCGCUGAGGAGAGUUACAGAUGUUGAGCUGAAACGACUGAAAGAUGCCUUCAAGAGAACCUGUGGACUCUCCUAUUACAUGGGCCAGCACUGCUUCAUCAGGGAAGUGCUUGGGGACGGAGUGCCUCCAAAAGUUGCUGAGGUGAUUUACUGUUCUUUUGGUGGAACAUCCAAAGGACUGCACUUCAAUAACUUAAUAGUUGGACUUGUCCUUCUUACAAGAGGCAGAGAUGAGGAGAAAGCAAAAUACAUUUUUAGUCUUUUUGCAAGCGAGUCCGGGAGCUAUGUUAUACGGGAAGAAAUGGAAAGAAUGCUCCAUGUGGUGGAUGGUAAAGUCCCAGAUUCACUCAGGAAGUGUUUCUCAGAGGGUGAAAAGGUAAACUAUGAAAAGUUUAGAAAUUGGCUUCUUCUAAACAAAGACGCUUUUACCUUCUCUCGUUGGCUACUGUCUGGAGGUGUAUAUGUGACCCUCACUGAUGAUAGUGAUACUCCCACUUUCUACCAAACUCUGGCUGGAGUCACACAUUUGGAGGAAUCAGACAUCAUUGAUCUGGAGAAACGCUAUUGGUUGCUGAAGGCUCAAUCCCGAACUGGACGAUUUGAUUUAGAGACAUUUGGCCCAUUGGUUUCACCACCAAUUCGUCCAUCUCUAAGUGAAGGUUUGUUUAAUGCUUUUGAUGAAAAUCGUGAUAAUCACAUAGAUUUUAAGGAGAUAUCCUGUGGGUUAUCGGCCUGUUGUAGAGGACCCCUUGCUGAAAGACAAAAAUUUUGCUUUAAGGUGUUUGAUGUUGACCGUGACGGCGUUCUCUCUCGGGUUGAGCUGAGAGACAUGGUGGUUGCACUUUUAGAGGUCUGGAAGGACAACCGCACUGAUGAUAUACCGGAAUUACAUAUGAAUCUAUCUGACAUUGUAGAAGGCAUAUUGAAUGCACAUGACACCACAAAGAUGGGCCAUCUUACUCUAGAAGACUAUCAGAUCUGGAGUGUGAAAAAUGUUCUUGCCAACGAAUUUUUGAAUCUACUUUUCCAGGUAUGUCACAUAGUUCUGGGGUUAAGACCUGCUACUCCAGAAGAGGAAGGACAAAUUAUUAGGGGAUGGUUAGAACGAGAGAGCAGGUAUGGUCUGCAACCAGGACAUAAUUGGUUUAUCAUCUCCAUGCAGUGGUGGCAGCAGUGGAAAGAAUAUGUGAAAUAUGAUGCCAGCCCUGUUGUAAUUGAGCCUUCAUCUGUUCUGAAUGGAGGAAAGUAUUCCUUUGGAACAACAGCACAUCCUGUGGAGCAGAGUGAAGAUAGAAUGGGAGGGGGCAGCCCCAGUUACGUGAACACCACAGAAGAGAAGUUUUCAGACAACAUUUCUUCUGCAUCUGAAGCCUCCGAAACUGCUGGCAGUGGCUUUCUGUAUUCUGCCACACCAGGGACAGAUAUAUGCUUUGCUCGACAACAUAACACUUCUGACAAUAACAACCAGUGUUUACUAGGAGCCAAUGGGAAUAUUUUGUUGCACCUCAAUCCUCAGAAACCAGGGGCUAUUGAUAACCAGCCAUUAGUAACUCAAGAACCAGUGAAGGCUACAUCAUUAACACUAGAAGGAGGACGAUUAAAACGAACCCCACAGCUGAUCCAUGGACGAGAUUAUGAAAUGGUCCCAGAACCUGUAUGGAGAGCACUUUAUCAUUGGUAUGGCGCAAACCUGGCCCUACCUAGACCUGUCAUCAAGAAUAGCAAGACAGAAACUCCAGAGCUGGAGUUAUUUCCUCGAUAUCUUCUCUUCCUGAGACAACAGCCAGCCACUCGGACACAGCAGUCUAACAUCUGGGUGAAUAUGGGCAAUGUACCUUCCCCGAAUGCGCCAUUAAAGCGGGUCUUAGCCUAUACAGGCUGUUUUAGUCGAAUGCAGACCAUCAAGGAAAUUCAUGAAUACCUGUCUCAGAGGCUGCGCAUCAAAGAGGAAGAUAUGCGCCUGUGGCUAUACAACAGUGAGAAUUACCUCACUCUUCUGGAUGAUGAGGAUCAUAGAUUGGAAUAUUUGAAAAUCCAGGAUGAGCAGCACCUGGUAAUUGAAGUUCGCAAUAAAGAUAUGAGUUGGCCUGAAGAAAUGUCCUUUAUAGCAAAUAGUAGUAAAAUAGACAGACACAAGGUUCCAACAGAAAAGGGAGCCACGGGUCUGAGUAACCUGGGAAACACAUGCUUCAUGAACUCAAGCAUCCAGUGUGUUAGUAACACACAGCCACUGACGCAGUAUUUUAUCUCAGGGAGACAUCUUUAUGAACUCAACAGGACAAAUCCCAUUGGUAUGAAGGGGCAUAUGGCCAAAUGCUAUGGGGAUUUAGUACAAGAACUUUGGAGUGGAACUCAGAAGAAUGUUGCCCCAUUAAAGCUUCGGUGGACCAUAGCAAAAUAUGCUCCCAGGUUUAAUGGAUUCCAGCAACAAGACUCCCAAGAACUUCUGGCUUUUCUCUUGGAUGGUCUUCAUGAAGAUCUCAACAGAGUCCAUGAGAAGCCGUAUGUGGAACUGAAGGACAGUGAUGGACGACCAGACUGGGAAGUAGCUGCAGAGGCAUGGGACAACCAUCUGAGGAGAAACAAAUCAAUUGUUGUGGAUUUGUUCCAUGGGCAGCUAAGGUCCCAAGUCAAAUGCAAAACAUGUGGACAUAUAAGUGUCCGAUUUGACCCUUUCAAUUUUUUGUCUUUGCCACUACCAAUGGACAGCUAUAUGCACUUAGAGAUAACAGUUAUUAAGUUGGAUGGUACUACCCCUGUGCGAUAUGGACUAAGACUGAAUAUGGAUGAAAAGUACACAGGUUUAAAAAAACAGCUGAGCGAUCUCUGUGGACUUAAAUCAGAACAAAUCCUUCUUGCAGAAGUACAUGGUUCUAAUAUAAAGAAUUUCCCUCAGGACAACCAGAAAGUACGACUCUCAGUGAGUGGAUUUUUGUGUGCAUUUGAAAUUCCCAUCCCUGGAUCUCCAAUUUCAGCUUCUAGUCCAGUACAGACAGAGUUCUCCUCCUCCCCAUCUACAAAUGGAAUGCUCACUCUAACCACCAAUGGGGACCAUCUGCCUCGACCAAUAUUCAUUCCCAAUGGAAUGCCAAACACUGUUGUGCCAUGUGGAACUGAGAAGAACUUCACAAAUGGAAUGGUGAAUGGCCACAUGCCAUCUCUUCCUGACAAUUCCUUUACGGGCUACAUCAUUGCAGUCCACCGAAAAAUGAUGAGGACAGAACUGUAUUUCCUGUCAUCUCAGAAGAAUCGCCCCAGCCUCUUUGGAAUGCCACUGAUUGUCCCAUGUACUGUGCAUACCCGGAAGAAAGACCUGUAUGAUGCAGUUUGGAUUCAAGUAUCUCGAUUAGCCAGCCCACUCCCACCUCAGGAAGCCAGUAAUCAUGCUCAGGAUUGUGAUGACAGUAUGGGUUAUCAGUAUCCAUUCACUCUACGAGUUGUGCAGAAAGAUGGGAACUCCUGUGCUUGGUGCCCAUGGUAUAGGUUUUGCAGAGGCUGUAAAAUUGAUUGUGGGGAAGACAGAGCUUUCAUUGGAAAUGCUUAUAUUGCUGUGGAUUGGGACCCCACGGCCCUUCACCUUCGCUAUCAAACAUCACAGGAAAGGGUUGUAGAUGAGCACGAGAGUGUGGAACAGAGUCGGCGAGCACAAGCUGAGCCCAUCAACCUGGACAGCUGUCUCCGUGCUUUCACCAGUGAGGAGGAGCUAGGGGAAAAUGAGAUGUACUACUGCUCCAAGUGUAAGACCCACUGCUUGGCAACCAAGAAGCUAGAUCUCUGGCGGCUUCCCCCCAUCCUGAUUAUUCACCUUAAACGAUUUCAAUUUGUAAAUGGUCGAUGGAUAAAAUCACAGAAAAUUGUUAAAUUUCCUCGUGAAAGUUUUGACCCCAGUGCUUUUCUGGUGCCAAGAGACCCAGCUCUCUGUCAGCGUAAGCCACUCACACCCCAGGGGGAUGACCUCUCUGAGCCCAGGGUUGCGGCAGGAGAGGUGAAGAGAGGGGAUGCUCAGAACUCAGCGGGGGAAGACGACGUGCUUCUGAGCAAGAGCCCCUCCUCACUCAGUGCAAACGUCAUCAGUAGCCCCAAAGGUUCACCUUCUUCAUCAAGAAAAAGUGGAGCCAGCUGUCCCUCCAGCAAAAACAGCAGCCCUAACAGCAGCCCUCGGACUUUAGGGAGGAGCAAAGGGAGGCUCCGGCUACCCCAGAUCGGCAGCAAAAAUAAACUCUCGAGUAGUAAGGAGAACUUGGAUACCAGCAGAGAGAACGGGGCUGGGCAAGUUUGUGAGCUGGCUGAUAACUUGAGCCGAGGACAUAUGCUGGGAGGCAGCCAACCUGAGCUGGUCACCCCGCAGGACCACGAAGUAGCUUUGGCCAACGGAUUCCUUUAUGAGCAUGAGGCAUGUGGCAAUGGCUACAGCAAUGGUCAGCUUGAAAACCACAGUGAGGAAGACAGCACUGAUGACCAAAGAGAAGAGAGUCGUGUUAAGCCUAUUUAUAAUCUGUAUGCAAUUUCGUGCCAUUCAGGAAUUCUGGGCGGGGGCCAUUACGUCACUUAUGCCAAAAACCCAAACAGCAAGUGGUACUGUUACAAUGACAGCAGCUGUAAGGAACUUCACCCUGAUGAAAUCGACACCGACUCUGCCUACAUUCUUUUCUACGAGCAGCAGGGGAUAGACUAUGCACAAUUUCUGCCAAAGAUCGACGGCAAAAAGAUGGCAGACACAAGCAGCAUGGACGAAGACUUCGAAUCUGAUUACAAGAAGUACUGUGUGUUACAGUGAGGCUCCCACUCUGGCUGCUAGACAGGCUGCUGAGGAGGGAGGUGACUCCCUGUAGCUGACAUUUGGCAAAAGCGUCGCUGAAAGGCAAGCUAAAUGUAGUUAUUUUAUCCUGUGACCCUGAAGCACAAAAUAAAAAUCCUAAUUAAAAUAGCAGUUAACAUAACAGUAGUAAGAAUUUUGUUUGGAAGUGUCUCACACAAGCUCUCUGGCAGAGAACUUUUUCAGGCCGAGCCCACCAUUAGCCUGUAAACAAAAAGGUUUGGCACCAGCCACCUGGGACCAAAUAAGAACUAAAUUGUGCUUGUCCAGAUAUGAACAAACCUGUAGUGAGUAUAGUUUACCAAUAAUCCUAACAAAAUACUAAGAGUUUCCUUGGAGUCAAAGUAAAACAAAAAUCGUAGUGUUGUCUGGGGACGACAUGAUAUGCUACCUCCUUUUUCCUGAAGUUUUAUUCCAUUGUGUUGACUGAUAAGAUGGAGAAAGCAAGAUCGUGAGGUGUGCAGAGGAGUCUUACAGCAUGGAUACAGGUUUUUCAAUUUACUUUUUAAACCAUUCUCCCGCGCUCUCUCUGUCUUUAUUGCUUUUUGUUUUCAUUGUAUUGGUGUUAGAGACACAACCAGUCAGUGGCAGCAGAGGCAUAUAUGAGUGGUAGUCAGUCUGAAAAGGAGAAACUCUUAAGAGCUGUGUGCCUUCUACCCAGGGCCUUGCUUGGGAGACCCUGUAGGGAAAGGAAAAAGCAUCCUGGGAGAUCCAGCUCGAAUGGCCCUCCAGAUAGAGGCGGCUCACCUCGAGGAUCCUGCAAGUGCCCUCGAAAAAGUGUCCCGCCCCUGCUGAGCGUGGGAGGGGAGUGGCCAGUAUUUGUACCAUCUCUACAUGCACUGUUGCACAAAGAGCUUCUGAGAAGGAAAGUGGGAAAAACGUAGGUGGUAUUUUACAAUUAGUGGUUGGUUGUUCUUUGUUUCUUUGUUUUGCACUUUAAGAGACAAAUAUGUGCAAAUGAACUUUUCAAACCUUGUUCCUAUGUGGUGGCUGUAAGGGCUAUGAAUUAACUUGAUUGGGGUAUUUCCCCCUAUCAUAUUAACCUUAAAAACAAAACACAUCCCCAACAUCGAUAGUGUGUAGUUGAUGGUUUUAGGAAGUAAACUUUUGUUUGCAUGUCCUUUCUUUUUCUUUUUUCUUUUUUUCUUUUUCUUUUUCUUUUUUUUUUUCUUUUUCUUUUUUCUUUUUUUUUGGUGUUUGUCCUUUUUAAUUUUCAUUUUGAAAAAUUUUUCAGUAGUGGUCAUCACAAGUUAUGUUUCUUUGCUCACUUCAUUUUUUUCUCUGAUAAUUCAAAACUGGAACAAAAGUAUACAUGUUAUUUAUUUCGGGCAGCAUUUUUUUCUGUGUUGUUUUUAAAUAUGUACUCAAAGUCGAUAUUUCACCUUUUCUUUUUUUGGUCUUUUUUAAAUUCAUCUGGACCCUGGAAGUUGAUUCUUAUUAAUUCUCAGCUUCCAUUACCUGUCCUUCCUCAUAGAUGGUAGGUCCCAGUGUAGUUAAGCAUUCAUGUUCUGAUACCUGAGGCUGGUUGCUAUCCAGUUCUCAGAGCGUUUGGGAGGGUUGUCUUCAGUGAAGCUGAAACCCUAUUUAGCAGAAGACUAUCAUUGAAGGGAGGAAGGAGCAGCCUAAAUGGUGUAAUAAGCUAAAGUCACACAAAGUGCAGACUUUAUGGUUUCAUGAUUUUCAGAAUAUAAAAUCUGUCCAUUCCUACCUGGACAAGUCCCAUGAAAAAAGUGGAAGAUUUUAAAUAAUUUCCUUACAGAUGUUUUAUUUAAGCAGGUAGCACAAUCUACUAAUGUUGUUUGAUCUGUGUUUGUUAUAUUGGUUGUAAUUAAUUUUUUUAAUUCAUGACUAGCAGAAAAUUUAUUAAAUUAACUAACUACAUUCACCUUGUAAAUUACUGUAUAAAACUUGUUGACAAUGCACUGACUUUAGAAAGAUGUUAAUGUACAUAAAUAGAGUGUAAAUAAAAUAGUGUUGAUGUACUGAAAGACGAACUGUAUAAAAAAGUAUUGGUAAUUGUAUAUGGAGUGUACCUGUUUAUCUGUAACUAUUAUCCAAACAAAUUAAAUACUGUGGAUGCAUC